CAGGGUCCGGGAGGACCGGAAGCAAACGCUGGCCUCCUUCAGCGCAGGCGCCGCCCAGCAGGUCUCAUUGGUGGAUGUGGACCUUCGCUGUGGAGCGUCCCCGGCUCUUGAGCCUCUCAAAUCCUGUUUAGUGUGGCGUCCUCAGUUGCUCGUGGUUCUCAGGUAUUUUGGAUCUGGGGAGGGCGGGGAAGAGGACUUUCUGUGCAGCCCCCUAACCCCCGAGGGACGGCCUAGUCCUUUAACCUCACCCAGCAAGAGUACCGAUGUCAGAACCACUGUGAUCUCGGACUCGACCGAAGAAAGCGAGAGGCGAGUGGUCCAAACUUCGCUGCUGAUUCUGUGCCGAACCUAAAGACGAACCCAUGUUACAGUCAAAACCGUGCGCCUUCGAAAGGCAGGUUUCAUUUUCUGCAAGAUUCGAGGCAGGACGCCUGCGCAAACUGUAGAGCCCAAGCUAUGGCGACCGAGCAUCCGCCAGCAGAGGGAGCACAGUCGGCCCUCUCUGCUACGCAGCGCGAGGAAGAGCCUCAGAAACCCAACUAUGCUGUCAGACUGACUCUUGCGGGGCACUCGGCGGCCGUAUCAUCAGUUAAAUUUAGUCCUAAUGGAGAAUGGCUAGCAAGUUCUGCUGCUGAUGCACUAAUUAUAAUUUGGGGAGCAUAUGAUGGGAAAUGUAAGAAAACACUCCAUGGUCAUAAUCUGGAAAUAUCAGAUGUUGCCUGGUCUUCAGAUUCUAGUCAUCUCGUUUCUGCCUCAGACGACAAGACUCUAAAGUUAUGGGAUGUAAGAUCUGGAAAAUGUUUGAAAACAUUGAAGGGACACAGUGAUUUCGUUUUCUGCUGUAAUUUCAACCCAGCAUCCAACCUCAUCGUUUCGGGAUCUUUUGAUGAGAGUGUGAAAAUAUGGGAGGUGAAAACAGGAAAGUGCCUCAAGACUCUGUCUGCCCAUUCGGACCCUAUUUCGGCCGUACAUUUUAAUUGCAGUGGGUCCUUGAUAGUAUCGGGGAGCUAUGAUGGUCUUUGUAGAAUCUGGGAUGCCGCCUCAGGCCAGUGUUUAAAAACAAUUGCUGAUGAGGGUAACCCUCCUGUGUCCUUUGUAAAAUUUUCUCCAAAUGGUAAAUAUAUUCUCACUGCAACUCUGGACAGUACUCUGAAACUGUGGGAUUACAGCAGAGGCAGAUGUCUGAAGAUGUACACUGGCCAUAAGAAUGAGAAAUACUGCAUAUUCGCCAGUUUCUCUGUUACUGGUGGGAAGUGGAUUGUGUCCGGCUCGGAGGACAACAUGGUUUACAUCUGGAACCUUCACACUAAAGAGAUUAUACAGAAGUUGCAAGGUCACACAGAUGUUGUGAUCUCUGCGGCUUGUCACCCUACAGAAAACAUCAUUGCAUCAGCCGCAUUAGAAAAUGACAGAACAAUUAAACUGUGGAGGAGUGACUGCUGAAGUCUCUGGCAAUCGAGGAGUCAAGCUGAAUUAGAAACAAGACAGAAAGGAUGACUUCUCUGAAGCUCAGCGUGGUUUUGUAGUUCUUUCCAAAUUGUCUUUGAUUGUAUGAGUUUGAGUUUCUUUUGUGAGAUGAGACCACUGUAAAGGCAAGUCUAGAACCUGCGGCUUCUGAUUCUUAAAUCUUGAGACCUGUUGGCAGUCUCAUGUGUCCAUGCCUGGACAGCAUCUCAUUCUUUUUCUUUCCACAGCUUUCCCAGCGGGGAGGGUAUUUGGAAUGUUUAGAAGGUUGACAGAGCAGGAUGACUGUGGGGAAGAGAGACUUGUAGUUUCUGGUUUGGGAAGUCAUUAAGGACAGCGGCAUGAGUUUAGGGAGGAAAUGAGAGGAUUGGCGAUGUCUUACAUGUCACUUGGAUAUUUUUGGUGUUAUUCUACAUGAUGGGACAUCAAGUUGCCAAAUUAGUCUGUCAAGUUGGGGACAAUAAGUCGUAGUCAGGUUCAUUCUACAAAUCUUAACACUUAGGCAUGUGUUGUGGGGGCAGAGGACGACUCUCAGGAGUUGAGUCUCCUUCCACUGUGGGCUCCAGGUAGUGAACUCAGGCCAGGCUUUCUCAACAGGACCUUUUGUUAACCGAGCCAUCUUGCAGGCCCAGAAUCUUACAUUGUUUUUGAGAAAGGGUCUUGCUCUGUAGCCCUGUAGGCCUGGCUGUCUUGUAAACCAGGCUGGUCUCAAACUCACAGAUCCACCUACCUCUGCCUCCUUGGCAUCUUAAACUUUUAACUGAAAAAAGUCUCCUUAAGUACUUGGUUAGAUUGUACCAUUUUGUGAUAGGCAAAUUACAUGUCAAGAUUGUGACCACUCUUCAGUAUUAGACCUCCUAACUCCUACCCAACAUCAUCAUUCAACUCAGGCAUCACCUUAUAAAUACCAUGGUUGCCUGCCUGCCACCUCAGUGAGCAGCUGAGGUAGCUUUUCCCCCCUCCUUUUUACAGUUUCUUUUUUUUUAAAUUUUUUUAAAAGAUUUAUUUAUUAUUACUACUAUGUACACAGAAGAGGGAGCCAGAUCUCAUUACAGAUAGAUGGUUGUGAGCCACCAUGUGGGUGCUGGGAAUUGAACUCAGGACCUCUGGAAGAACAGUCAGUGCUCUUAACCUCUGAGUCAUCUCUCCAUCCCCUUUACAGUUUCUUAUAAAGCUCAAAGUUUACAGUUAUCAACUUGCAGUUGAGGUGACUUCAUGGGCCAUGUAUUUUUUAGACAAUAAACACUAAGAUCAGGCUUUAAGUUUUGUCUCUGUAGUCUUGGCUUUUUCUAGAGGACUUGAUAUUUACCAGACAAUGAAUGAUACCAUAAUUUCAUUCCUUACUUUUUGUCAAUAAAUUUUAGUAAUAAAUUCUCCAGACUAUAAAAUUGACUAAGAAAUAGUUUACAGUAGCUCCACAUACUAAGUGAAAGGCAGCUAUGCUAAUCUCUAUAGCACCAACAUCUCGGACCUAUAUAUUUACUGUAUCCACACAGGGCUUAUAGAGAAAAUAUAGAAAAACAUGCAGAUGAAAACCCUGAGAUUAAGAAAAAAAAAAUACUACAGUACUUUAACUGAAAGCAACAUGGGCAAUAUUUUAUCUUCCUGACAAGUUCUGAGAAAUAUAUUAGAAUUACUUGUAGGGUAUGACUGUCAAGAUGCUGGUGUAUUUGAUUACAUUGGAAGAUGCAAGAUCAGUUAGGGGCAUAAUUGAAAUUCUGACCAAGACAUUUAAAUUUGGGUGCGUGUGAUGAUGGAUCAGUGGGUGGAAAAACUUGCUGCUAAUCCUGAUGACCCAUGAUCCACCCCUGGGACCUGAGUAGGAGAGAACACAUUCCUGCAGGUUGUUCUUGGAUUCCAAUAUUCAUUCUGUGGCAUGGAUAUAGAUCCCCCAACACAGAGACAAGAUAAAAAUAAUUGAAAAAAAUUAUUAAAGAGUUUAGACCCAUAAAGAAAUAGUCACAGUAUGUUACUGAAUAGAGAAUGACACACAGUAAAAAUUAUUGCAUAAAUUGGUGGGGUAUCUUUAUCACAGGCUUUAAGAUAGACUUCUCACUGCUCUUCAAUAUGAAUGAAAUGUAUAAUGAAAAUGUCAUUGCUAUAUGAAGGAAGGUUCCCUAAGGAUGUUCUACACCAGAAUUUACCAAUACUUAAAAUAUGGGCUUGGAGGGGGGGGUCCCAAAAUACUUAGGAAAAUCAGUUUUCUAAAAAUGUACAAGAAACAGUGUUUUUUGAUAAUAAAUUCACAAGUGACAAAAA